AUGCCGACUUCCUCUUUAACUCAAGAGCAAUGGGCGAACGUGAGGGACUGGAACCUCCACAAGGAGAUCAUCCGCGAGCUGUACUGGGAGGAUGACAAACCUCUUCGGGAAGUUAUGCAGAUGAUGGAAAAGAAUUACAACUUCCACGCGACGGCAAAAAUGUACAAGUAUCGCAUUAGGCAAUGGGGUUUUCGUAAGAACUUGACGACGAGAGAUUCGCUAGCGAUCCGUCGCCAGGCUGACAUGGGCAAACCUCUCUUGCCUACCAUUCAUGGACGCCAGCUCGGCUCCGCACGGUUAAAGGCUCUUGUGAGCCGUGUGAAUGAACAAGGUCCACGGAGCCUUAGUUCUCCUGACAGCAUCCGUAUCCCCGAGAUGCUUCUGUACGAGGUAUUGGCUUACUCGAAUGGGGCAUUCGACAGUGAGCUAUGGGAGCUCGGAACCUUCAAUGUCCCGGGCUAUUCUAGUGACAAGGUCGUGACAUGGGGGAGAGACCUUCAAGCUAUAGCGAAUGAAAUUUCCCAGCAGCAAAGCCGAGCACCCUCUCCUCCGAAGUCGAGUAACUUCAAUAAUCAGUUCUUGGGAAUAGCACGAAGGCAAGAGCCCCUUCUGGUUCCAAGCAUAUACCUCGGGUUUCUCUCCUUGGCGAGCUUUGUCGGAGACGACGUUGCACUAUCUUUUGCUGUAUCUGUGACGGAAGCAAGCGAGCUCCAGUUUGGACGAAGUCACCCACUGUCAAAGAUGUUGAGGAGCGUCCGAUUAAUGGGUAUUGAAAAAGCACGGCAAGCGGCCGACAUCAUUGUAACAGCACAGUUGAACGUCUUCCAAGAAAGAGCUGGAUCGGGAAAUCCGUUGAUAAGAGUAACAAGGGUCAUGAUGAUCUUGAUUCUGAACAAGUUGGAACUUGUUUCGACGAGUCGUUGUCUCGAUGAGCUCGGAACCAUCCUACAGGAAUUCGAAAAUAGUCCUCGCAUGAAUGCGGAGAGUUCCGGUUACCAUACCAAUUUGACACGAUGCGUAUAUGCGGCAUACUUGUCCCAUGCCCAGCAGCACGAUAAAGCCUUGGCCGUUCUCAAACAAAUCAAUGAAUGGCUCUUGAAAGGAGAGUUGAUGGGCAGUGAUAAACCUUGGGUCGAUUUCCUAAAUAUUCCAGCAGAUAUCGACGAGCCAUCAGGUAAGGACGAGCCAACAGAAGUGUACCUUCAGCGUCAGUUGGCAGCGGCGGCGAGGCAAUGCCAGGCAUCUCAAAUCAGCUGGGUUCGUUACUCACUUGCUCACGAGAGAUUAGCAAGAUUUUACAGUGAGCAGAACAGAAUGGACACUGUGAAAGCAUUGUAUCAAACCAAGGUCGGUUUGCUUGCGGCACAGUAUGACAUAUGCUGCAGCUAUAUUUCUGGAAAUCCAAUCAUCCACUCAUCAAAUGUUUUUGGAGAAUUCCAAAGCCUGGUUUUUAGCUCACGUAAUGUGAGUGGUGGAAUUGGUGGAUGA